CAAAUUCAAUCCUAGCAUUUUCCUUCUAAUAUUUCUACCCUUUUUUUUGUGCAUUUUCUUCUGUAAUGGAUUCUUUUUCUAUGCAAUCAUGUAUUUUUGCCUGUAAUAGUAAAUGUAUCACAUUAUCAAGAUUUUAAAGAUAAUGAUUGGUUCGAAGAUCGAAGAUGCAGAGUUACAGUCCGGUCGCUGUUUUUUCUAUUUUUAUCUCUCUUUUAUCAUCUGGGUCCUCCUCGAUUGAAAAUCAUCAUCAAGCACCCACUCACAAGAACCUGAUCCUGGACACACGAAACUCCGCCUUUCAAGAGAAGGUCUGGAAGCAAUUGAGAGAAGAACAACUCCUAUUGCAGCUGUUGCUGUUAUUGGUCCAUAUCGAUCUGGAAAAUCUUUUCUACUCAAUCAACUUCUCUCCCUUUCAUGUUACAAAGAUUCGUGAAGCAGAUAUAUCUCGAUUAUCAUUUGCAGUUGAGUUUGUUGAAGAAUCUUAUGGAAGAGUGAAGGGGCAAGAUGUUGUUUUUGAACCUGCUAAGCUCCUUUGGAUAAUCCAGCGUGAUUUUUUACAAGGAAAAUCUGUGCAAGAGAUGAUAGACAAGGCUCUCUGACAUGUCCCAAAUGUUGAUGGUCAGUUAACCUUUGCGCAGACAUAUAUUCAGAUUGGAGCUUAUUCUUUUAGAAGGAUGCAGUAAAGUUUAUUUUGGUGCUUAUUGGGAGCAAGUAACAAGAAUAUUGAUCAGGUCAACUAGAUCCACGAUUCUUUAGCGAUCAUGGGAACUAACAACGCUGCCUUUAGCUUACCACAGAUAUGUUUUGCUCUUUCGUUAUUUACCUAGUUAUUUAGGUUUUUGUGGCACUCAUUGCACAUUUUUUAUAUGAUGCCUUGAAUUUAGGACCUUUUAAGUAGAAUGCAAAAUACACUUAACUUGGAUUUUCCUCUUAAUCCAAGAGCUUGCUUGAUAUGGUUUAGGGAGGCAGGAGAUGCCUUAAUAUGUUACAUUGACUGGUGUAGAUCUGAUGGGAGUUUCUGAAAAGUUCAGGUACCGAAUAACAGCAGUUGGAUUUUUGUUCAUGUAAUUGGAGGUCUUCUCAGACAAAUUGAAUUAUGGGAUCAAAAUAAUAAUCUGUUGGGAGUUAAAAUUAAUGGAUUUUGAUAAUGUUCUUAACAAUACGGAGGUCAACUUUUCACUGAUUUUCGUUAUCAUUACUAAAUCCUAGAUGUUUCUUGAAUAAAUGCUUGACCUGCGCCUACUUCUAAAAUCAACAAAGACUGAGUUCCUUACUAUUGGCACGAUAAGUUUCAAUGUUAAUAUCCCAUGUGCAGCACAACAAAGAAUUAAAAAUGUGCAAAAUGGAAUAUUUUUCAAUGAGUUAACAAAAAAAGGUGACCUAUGUGUUUUAAAAGCCAUAUCUCACUACCACCGUCAGGAAAGCGCAGAUAAAAUUAACAGAAGGUAUACCCCACAGUCGCCAUCUACAAAAACCAAAUGAGGUCAAUGAGGCAAGCCAGUGAACCUAGAGGCAACAUACGCACUAUACUAGUCAGUAACCGUGUGAAACACGUUUGCAUAUUCAUAACGUGUGACAGUUUUGUCAUAACUGCAUUAAAAAAAUGCAUAUAUAGUGGUUUGAGAUUUCUCUGAAAAAAAAUCCAGUGGGAAAAAGGGGGAGCUGCAACAUCAAUCAUCCCUUCUCCUUUGUUGGUCACUUGAAAUUAUAAUCAUUUUCUGCAAUAAAAAGCCUGGUUGCUUGGUACAUCUUACACAAGUAUGUUAGAAAAUUGUUCAGUUUGGGAAACAACUGUAUUGAUUAUGUUAGAAAAAAACUCUAUUGUUCUUAGUCUGAGAUGUUUUUAUAAUGAAUUAUGAGCGACAGAGGCAUCAAUUAUCUUUGCUAUAUUCUUAUGCACGCGCACACAUAUAAUGAUGUGUAAUACCUUUCUUUAUGACAUUUACCUUUUAUUAAGCUUUUGUUGAUUAUUAAAUAUGUGUGUGUGUAUCUUUGAAUUAAGAGUACAAUCUGAACUGUUGUGCAGCCUCAUCUGAAGGAUGAUGAACUUGAUCCAAUUUACGUACAAAAGAGGGAGAGGUUGAGAGAAAUUGUU